UCAGAACUCUUCCGUUGCAGUUCGCGCGCAGGUAUCGAGUCCGCCGCGGAUACGAAAGCUCGUGAACGUGCCGGCGGUCAAUGCGAUCGGACAGUUGAAUAGUUAACAAUUAUACAGAACAGAUCUGUGUAUAGAUCGUGACGUACGACAUCAAUAAUAAUUGUCGUGUCUGCGCGUAUACGCGAUUCCGCUGUACACGUGGAGGGAUCAAGCGCGGUUUGCAUAAUAUACAUACAACUCGUACAUGGGACGAACGUUACCGAUCCCGGUGUACUGCCGGGUGUGUGGCGAUAAGUCAUUUGGAAAACACUAUGGCGUUUACUGCUGCGAUGGUUGUUCCUGUUUUUUCAAGCGGAGUGUCAGGCGGAGGAUCGUAUACACAUGUAUCGCUGGCACGGGUCAGUGUAUUGUGGACAAGGCUAGAAGAAAUUGGUGCCCGUUUUGUAGACUUCAAAAGUGUAUGAGGGUCAACAUGAACGUUUCUGCUGUUCAAGACGAACGAGGUCCGAGAAAAUCUAAGAUGCCUAAAAUACCUGAAAUCAACACCGUUGUGCCAAAAAACUGGAAAACAAGAAAUGAAUAUAUAUACGAAAUUGGUGCUCAAAUAUUUUUAACGAGUCUCAGACAAUGUAGAUUCAAUGAAUCAAUAGCUAUAUUACCAAAAGCUGACCAAAAUGAAAUACUCAAUAAAACGUGGCAUCAAUCCUUCGUGCUAAUGGCGGCGUUUUGGCCGACAAACCUCAUAACACUUUUAUCCGGAUCAAACUCAAGUGUCGAACGUAUAGUCGCCACGUUAAUAGCCAGUCACCGGGCGAUGAGACUCGAUUCAGUCGAAUACAAUUUAGUGCUUACCCUCGUCUUAUGUCGACCCGAUCUAUGCGGUUCAGCUGAGUUCAGAAACGACUUGAACACCAUUGGAACAAACGCUAAGGACGCUCUGAUGAAACACGCUGCGUUCAAGUCACCGACUAGAUACUACGGAAUAUUGGCCUGUAUACUUUCCGUCACUGAAGACUUGGCGGGAUACAUAAAAAUAAUUUUUUUCGAACCAUCCGUCAGAAAUGUACCGAUGAAUCACCUAGUGUCGGUCAUUACUUAGACGCUUUACGAUUUAUCUAUUUUCUAGUCAGCUUCUACAGUUCUAUACACAAACAAAUAAACAUUACACAUAUGUUAUAUUUUAAUAUUUAAUAUUUUAAUGUCUGCGAAACAUUAGUAACCGCUCAACAUGUAAAUAGAUAACAAUAAAAGAACACUAUAAUUAUAUAAUAGAUAAACUUUAUAUUCUUUAGUCUUUGUUUAAAAACUGAGCAAGUCACUUGGUUUUUGUAACACAUAUAUAGUAAAAUACCGUAAACCUGCAACUUAUAUUUGCU